AUGUUGCCAAAGAGGGCAAGGCUCAGUUCUGAUGAUAUGAGUGCAGUCGAUGUACAGGAGGGGGUUGGCGAAAGUAUAGGAAUCGUGGAAAAUGGAGAAUCCAUGUGGGAAGAUGACGAGAGUAGUGCGCCUGCUUUAUUAGUUAACUUUGCAAAAUGGCUGCAAUCACCUGAUGGUGAAAAGAAAGAUAGUAAAACUGUGAAACAGCAUGCAGCACAAAUCAACAGAAUUCUACCUAUUAUUGACACUGAGAAAAAUUUAGAAAAUCUGCUGGAUUUUGUUCUCAUCAAGGAGAAAUUUGUAAAUCAUGCUUAAAAGAAGUAUUUGCCCGAAACCAUCAAGUCUUACUUUACGAGGCUAGGUCAUUAAUACGGCUUCCUUUUGUCUGAGAAGCCAGACGAAAUUCUAGUCAGUAGUGAGUUGGUGACCCAGGUGAAGGAAAGAGUGAGACAAUGGUAAUCUUCUCACAAACGAUCAAGCCUACAAUGGAAAUGGGAAAGUCAAGAGGAGGAAAGGCACGAGCUAAUAACCCUAGAUAAAUUUGUAGAAUUCGAAAACAGCAAGGUGUCAAGAAAUGCUGUCAUCUUGCUUGGAAAGCUAAGUGGUACUCACCGUGUAGUAAUUACACAAAGCCAGUAUACCCUUUGCGUGAUUUCCUUCUCGUUCAAAUAUCAAUUGAUAAUGCUAACCGUGCAGGUGUCUUAGCAAACCUGACAUUGAAAGAGUUCGGAAGAGCCUCAAAAGAAGAUGACAGGUUUGUUGUCAACGUUAGGGAACAUAAAACAUUUCACAUUCAUGGUAAUGCUCAAGCAGUUCUCACAAGUAAUUUACACAAUUGGAUGAAUGUCUUCAUUCAAGAGGUAAGAAGCCAGGUGCCAGGCAUCGGAGUAGAUGAAAACCAGCCCGUAUUUCCAUCUUUCAAUGGAACAAAAAUGCAGUUUUUACUCUUUUUAAGGUCUCAUUCUACCGUGAGCGAAACAAGCAAGCCGAGCGAAAGCCCAAGGAGCGCACGACAACAGUGACCUACCGCUGGGUAGUCACUUAA